AUGAUGUGAGUGAAUGCAUCGGCUGAAGGAUGUGACCUAUUUCUAGUCCCAUUAAUUUUCAUUACCUCUACACCUAAAUAUUAUCUGAGAAGUGUCUUGUGCUUGCCUGCUAACCAAAUAAUGAAGUCUAAAUUGUCUUUCAUUGCUAGCACACCCACCUGUUCUUCUCGCAACGUGCUACGUUCGUGGCUCAUCCUUUUGCAGAUGUGAAUGCAAUGCCAUAAAUGAAUAGCUGGGAUAAAAAGCCUCUCAGGAUGAUUGAUUGGCCUAACAUUUCAAAGCACUUGUAUCUGGCCGUGAUGGUAAGCAGGCUGCAUUCUGUUUUGAGGGAUGCAGAGUAUGAAUGUUCAGAAGAAAAACGGUAACUAGAAGAGAACAUUGGUGACGAAUGAACAUUUAGAGAGGGCACAGGAAGUCUGUGACUGCCCUGUCCUCUGCCCUUGCUGAAUGGGAUGUAAAUAUUUCCCAAUAUAAUUACACAAGCAGUCCUGAAUAUUCAUAAAUGUAAAUGAACUGGAUUAAAUUAACCCCUGCAAAGAAAUGUGUUAUUUCACUGGUGACUGUGGUGAAUUACUCACCCCCCCACACACACUUCUUAACUUUCUUUUUCAGUUUCUAAAAAUACAUAUAACAAACAACCCUCAUAUACCCUGCCCCCAGAAACAUUCCAUGCAUAUACACUGUAAAUAAUACUGCCAAAUAUUAAGUAAAUUUUGUAAAUAGUUUUGAAUUGAUUGCAUCUGAUAGGUGCUCUCCAUCUUAACAGAUUGUCCUAGAGUGAGCCAUGGGUAGCCGGUGGUGAGAGGACAACACUGACCUUUCGGGUGUAAUAAAUAAACAUGUGCCAUACAGUUUCAAGGUCAGCUUUGGUUUGUGUGGUCCUGAGCACUCUAAGAUAUUAGACAUGUGCAUCAACUCUGUUUGCAGCCCGAAUUAUGAGACAAAUAAGGAUGGUUCAGGUGAGGUUUACACAUAUUAAAGCUGAAUUGCACUGUCAAUAAAGCGUUCUGAGUUGGAUCAGAGAUUCUCAAAAUCCUGAGCUGCUCUGUGGACUCAAGUGCCCCCCCCCCAAAGCUGCAUUUCAGCAUUUAAAAUAAACCAACCACUUCAUUUCAUUUGCAAAGGUAAAACCAAUCUGAGUAGGGAAAUGCCCUGAGCUUGAGAGGUUAGCAGGUGGAGGGGGGUGGAUCAUUCAUUUUGAUGGACAGAUCUAGGUUUUGAUCACAGUAGAUUAUUUUCCAGGGCACUCCAGCUACACUGAUUUGAAUAGAGAAGUUUGCAGGUUUUUAGUAGAGCUCAUUAUAGGGCCGUUCCACUUUCCAUCUCCCUCAGUUCAGUUCUAGGGCUUUUUUGUAUGAUUUUUAAAAUUAUUAUUCUAAUCUUUUUCGGUUUUCCAACAAACAAUAUCUGCUUUGAUUAUUCUUAUAUUCAAUUUAUUUUUCAUUAGGUUUGUGCAGACUUCUCUUCCAGCCGUUCCCACCCAUCUUCUCCUGCUGCACAUGUUUGCUUAUUUGUUGCUUAUUACACACUUCCAUUUCUUUUUUUCUCCCAGUUUGCUGGUUUGAAAUUUCAUGCCUGUUCCCACCCCCACCCCCCAGCUUACUCCAGUCACCAACCCCCAUCUCCCUGCAUCAGUUUCUCUCUUCUGUUUCCUUCUCCAGGACCACGGCAUAUUCCCUCCCAAUGCCUCUGUUUCCUUCCACAGGACCACAGUGUGUUCUUUCUUCCUCAGCUUCCAAACCUACAAAAGGGUCACAAUAUCUUCUGCACCCAGCCACUCCAGACAAGCAUCUCCCCACGAACAGCUUCCCAUCAAAAGGAAAAAAUAUCUCCUCUCUCCCCCAUCCUGAUUUUGAUUUCUUUCUCUCUCUCUCUCCUCCCCUCAUCUGUCUCCCUCGGUGCCAUUGAGAGAGAGAGGCGAGCCCCACCAGCAUGUCAUGGUGACACCUUCCUGUCCUGUCCUGCCCUCCUCUUCCUCCGAGGGUGACCUAUUGAGGCUCUGGAGUUGAUUUCUGCAAGGACCAGCUUCCAGUUCUUGGCUCGGUCCACGUGCCUCUUAUUCCCUCUAGUGGCUCAGAAUCUCAUCACAGCGUGACAGUGGACCACUAUGAAUAAAUAAAUAGAGAGAAAGGUUUGCUCUCUAGGCCUGGUACUUUCCCCACCACGUAAACUUGUUUGUCCCUUAAGUUAGCUCCCAGUUAAUUUGAUCAUUGACAGCAUAUUAUUACUCAUUUACCAUGGGGUUCCUCUCUCAUUUCACCAGUUUCAGACAUGAUUGCCAGCAAAACACUAGUGAGGAAAAUUAAGUGAUCUAAUGCUCUUCCUGCAAAGAGUAAAGAGGAACUACAGCACUUAUCAUUCUUAAAGCUGGCAGAUUUCAUCCAUUCAGAAGGGGCAAACAUGCCUGCAAAUUGCAUCCAAUUCUGAGAUAAAAUUUAAAAGUUAUAUGUAGUUUUCUUAAAGCACACACAGAGAGAGACCUAAAAGGUUCCCUGUGUGAAAACUCCUGGGUGGAUCUUCCUGCAGUUUGGCAGACUUGGGGGAACCUGCAAAUUCCAUACACUUCUGUGCAAAGGAAAAAGGUUAGAUACAUUUUUUUAGAUUCACUAUUAUAGUCAAUAGGGAAGAGACAGAGCAUUCAAUCUAGCAGAUCUGUUUUAGGAAUGGGAAAUGGGGAAGACACAGAGUGGAUCCAAAACAGAUCAGUUUGCUUCCCAAUGCUAUAGACACAAAUACGAGAUGGAUAUUGUAUCCAGUGCACACUCUUAGUAAAUCUGCCUUAAUAUAUUCAACAAGUUUAUCAAAAGAAGAAAUGACAGUAGGUUUCGCUUGCAAUACGUUUGUGUGCAGACAUAUGUCUCCACCUAGUGAUCACUAAGAAUAAAGCCAGCCUCUAAACAAAAAUCUAGAAGUACCAGGGAAGAGGAAAUGCAUCACUGAAAAGGAAUACUAAGGAGGAAACAGAUGACAUUUUUAAAAGUUAAGAAAAAGAUAGGAAGCUGAGUAUUUUGCAAGCAUCCGGAGAUCUGGUUGAAGUUUCAUGGGGACUUUAAAAAAGAAAAUUGGAAACUGGUGUGGAAAUGUGGAGAGCCGAACUUAGGAUAAAUAAAAUGAGAAACAGAGAAGAACCAAAAUUGACAUAUUCACCCAUCCCUAUUUUUGAACAAAUACAAAUUGAAUUCUUUACAGUUGAUGGAGGUUAUGGGACAUUAAACUGCUCAGUAUGGGGUGGCUAAACGUUGUCCUGCCCCAAAGUAGAGGUUCUGAUACACUUUUUAUUAGAAUGCACUUUGUAUUUGGAUCUGUUGCUUUGAACCCCUUAUUGUUAGGAUUAGUAAUAACUCUCUGUUUAAGCAAAAUUCUAUUCCUAUUUUCCAGAACAGAUCACCACCUGACAUCUAGGACACUGAAAUUUGUAAAACUGGCUUUAGGAAAGGAGAAGAUGCUUACCAUCUUGGAUGAUAAUAUAUGCUAAUACAUGCCAACUAUUUGUAAUGAUAUAAUUUUUAAUCACAUUUUAACAUGACUUAAUGCAUUCCGUAUGUUCCUGUUUUGCAGUUAUUAUUGCCUUGUGUAUGUGAACGGCCUGAUUGGCUAGUAAGCAAUAACCUUAUUGGGUGAUAGUCAACUAGGCUUUACUCACAGUAGACCCACUGCAAUUAAUGAACAUGACUAAGUUAGGUCCAUUAAUUUCAACCACCUGUUGUUUUUAAUGCCAAACUGUGAGUUGUGUCAUGCUAACAGACCCAUUAAAACUUACAGACAUGACUAACUUGGAUCCAUUAAUUUCAGUCACUCUACUCUGAGUAGAACAUAACUGGGUGCAGCCCAGCGCUCUCACAUUUAUUUCUAAGCAUUAACCAAGCCCCAGCUUUCUAAACCCUAAUAAAGGUACACAGAGUUACAUUCUAAGUCUUUCUGCCUCUCUCUGCUCCCCAGUUGUCACCCAGCCAAAAAAGAAAGGCUCAUACACUUGGCCAAGUCCCAUGGUCCCCAUUUUCAGAUGCUUGCUGCACUGGCAAAGGAUCUAUCUCACCAUGAGGAAGAGUCUUGCCACACAGCAAAUAUGAGUGUAUAUCUGCUAGUGGGGAAAUGGUGUUGUUGAAAGCGCAGUCUUUUCAUUUCCUAUCUCGAUUGCGUUGGUACAACUUUCUGGUGCCAAUUCAUUUCAGAUGUCUAAAUGCCCUUAUUUUCUUGCAUACGUACUUCCUUGGUCAGAUCAAAUUCUGCUUAUAUCCAGACUGGCCAGUCUUAGUGUGUACGUGGAUUUCUCUGUCUAGACCUAGCUAUUUGGCAGUGUGCAGUUCCAGGAAUUUAGAUAAUAUGAAGCAAUGAAUACUUUCCUUGUGAAUUUGGAUUUGCAUUGGCACCUUUUAACAGUACCCACCUCACUAGUAAACAAACAGCUAGUGACCUAGUUCAAGAUGCCUUCCACAUUUCUAUUUUCCCUUAGCUCAGAAAAAAGUAUUUCAAGCUGCAUCUGGUGGGUUUUAAAAACAAAAAGCACAAAUAAAUACUGAUCAGAACAUUAUGCAAAUGUCUGGUGUCCUAAAAUAAGAUAGUGUAUUAUAAACUAUCCUAUGGAUAUUCAUUGCCUAAGCUUUACUGUAUAUUAUAGCUGGUCCACAUGCAAAAGACAACAUGACAGGCUCUGUUUUUUACUGCUAGCCUUGGAUGAGACUUGUUUUUCAUUGCUUGUGUUUCUAGCCACUAAAGUUGGAGUUCAAGCAUUUGAAGAGGCUUAUUUUCCAUUGCUUCUGCGUUUCUCAAGUGUGGAACUUGUGGUCUUCUAGAUGUUGUUGAGACUCCAGCUGCCAUCAGCCUCGACCAGCAUGGCCAGCAUGGGAGUUAUAGGCCAGCAAUAUGUGGAGGAUCACAGGUUCCCCAUCCCUACACUAGAGAAAUGAAAAAUAAGCCUGAUCAAAGGCCUUCACUCCAAUUCUGCAUUUUAUUUUGUUUUUCGUAACUUUGUUUUUCAUUAAGGAACUUGUGUUUGUAGCUGAUGCCAUUCAGGAAAUACAUAGUGGCUCACUCACUAUAAGCCUCAGGCUAUGCUAAGCAUCAGAGGAGAAGGGCAGGGCAGGGUUGCAUAUGCUGCCUGCACCGGUGCCAGUCAUUGAUGUGGCUACUAUUGUUUCAGCUGUCUUCAUUCUCACUCCGGUCUUCAAAAGCAGGUAGGGUUAGGAGGAACGGUGGCAUUAUCCUGAAUAGACCAUGCAAGAAAUGCACUGAACCAGAAUUUCAAGUGAUUGCAGCGGAUCAUUCCUCAUUCAAUCCAAUAUUUGUACAGUUAUAUAUGCUCAUUGUGGUUUUUGUUCCUGUUAGACAUGGUCACCAUGUAGAAAUGCCCUAAAUAUUUCAGGGACCUGCACAUAUCAGCCCAGCUGCUUGUGGACUCUUGAGAUACCAUCUCCCAAGCACACUUUAUGA